AUGCCCCAUGAUCUCAAUCCGUUGCAACUUUACCUCCGCAACACCAUCCUCUCUUUUUUCAUCUGGCCGAGAACCCGCGGCUUCGUUGGAUCUAUGGCGGAAGCUAACAAGGAGAACACCCCUGCCAGAAGUACAAAUUACAAGUGGCACUCGAAGUUCGCGACGGGCGACUAUUCCAUCGAAGAUGAGGACCGUCCCGGACGCUCAAUGGAGUUGGAUGUGGAUUUGCUGCGGUGCCAGAUGCUGGUGCUGGAAGCCGAUCCGUAA